UUAUGCUUUUAGUAGCUCAAUAACCAUAGAGAAAAGAUGGAAGGAACAAUUAGGUGCUCGGCGAAUUACGUCCCGCUUACUCCGAUCAGCUUCCUCGAGAGAGCCGCCGUCGUCUUCGGCCCCAGAACCUCCGUCGUGUAUGGUGAUAUUCAAUACACGUGGCGACAAACACGUGACCGUUGCGUCCGCCUUGCCUCUGCUCUCUCCGACCUCGGUCUCUCCCGCAAUGAUGUUGUGGCUGCUUUGGCGCCAAAUGUUCCUGCGUUAUGUGAGCUUUAUUUUGGAGCUCCGAUGGCUGGAUCAGUACUUUGCGUGUUGAACACGACCUUCGAUUCUCAGAUGCUUGCGAUGGCGCUGGAGAAAACGAAGCCAAAAGUCUUCUUCGUUGACUCUGAGUUCCUCUCCGUCGCUGAAGAAUCUCUCAAGCUCCUCUCAAACACCGAAGAACAACCUCUCAUCAUCACAAUUACAGAAAAUCCAACAGAGAAGUCAAAAUAUAAACAAUACGAUGAUUUUCUCUCUUCCGGAAACCCUAAUUUCAUACCCCUACGACCGGUUGACGAAUGCGAUCCAAUCGCCCUCAACUUCACAUCCGGAACCACAUCGAAGCCCAAAUGUGUCGUCUAUAGUCACCGCGGUGCGUAUCUGAACGCAACUGCUACUGGUGUUAUGAAUGAGAUGAAACAAAUGCCGGUUUAUCUGUGGACAGUUCCGAUGUACCAUUGUAGCGGGUGGAGCUCUGUUUGGACAGUUGCGGCUUUUGGAGGAGUCAACGUCUGUCUCAGGGAAGUCAACGACAGAGUUAUAUUUGAUAGUAUCGUGAAGCACAAGGUAACUAACUUUGGUGGCUCGCCUCCGGUUCUCAACAUGAUUGCCAAUGCACCAGACUCGGUCAAGAAGUCGUUCCCAUGGACCGUACAGGUUAUGAGCGGAGGAUCCUCGCCUCCUGAGGUCAUGUUGAGACUCAAGAAGCUAGGAUUCAAAGUGAUGAUGGCUUAUGGAUGCACGGAGGUGUAUGGACUAGGAACAGCUUGUUUGUGGAUGCCCGAGUGGGAGACUCUACCUGAAGAAGAGAGUUCAAGGCUAAAGGCAAGAGAUGGUCUCAACCAUUUCGCCAAGGAAGCUGUCGAUGUGUUGGACCCAACCACCAUGAAAUCGGUUCCACAGGACGGAAAGACUAUCGGGGUGAUUGUUCUCCGGGGAAAUACCGUCAUGAGUGGUUACUUCAAGGACAAGGAAGCCACUGAAGCGGCUUUUCGAGGUGGAUGGUACUGGAGUCGCGACAUGGGUGUUAUAGAUCCCGAUGGGUCACAAGAUGUUAUAACAUGCGGAGGAGAAAUUGUGGGGUCAAAAGAGAUCGAAGGGAUUCUCUAUAGUCACCCGGCGGUUUAUGAAGCAGCGGUAGUUGGACGACCAGACGAAGCAUUAGGAGAAUCGAUGUGCGCUUUCGUGAAGCUCAAGGAAGGAGUUGAAGCGAAAGAGGAAGAGAUCAUUGAGUUCUGUGAGAGAAAGAUUGGGAACAAGAACAUGAAGAUGGUUCCAAAGACAGUAGUCUUCUCGGAUGUUCCUAAGACUCCCACUGGGAAGAUUCGGAAGAAUGUUCUGAGAGAGAUGGCCAAGAAUAUGGGUUAUGUUCCAUUGAAAGCUGUGGAAGCUCUGUGGCUUUCUCCAUUGCGAUUUAUUGUGAGCUCGUCGUCGUCAAAGUUCACACCAUACGUAUCUCGGGGACGAGGACUAAGUGGAAUUGAGAAUGGGGCUGGUUGUUCUUGUUCUCGUAGUGUCACGACAUUGAUUGGUAAUGAAUUCAUUCGAUGCCAAGAUGAGUCAAAAAUCUUACAGGUGCAGAUUGUUGAUGCGCUUCGUUCCGGAGAGAGGCCUGGAGCUUCAGCUCUGCUUUUUCAGUUUAUACAGGGGAAUUAUUCACUUAGUGCUAAUGAUUUUCAUGAUAUUCUACAUUAUUGUGCUCGAUCACCAGAUCCUGUGUUUGUCAUGGAGACUUACAGUGUAAUGUGUAAGAAGGAAAUUAGUCUGGACAGCAGAUCUUUGUUGUUCAUUGUACAAUCCCUUUGUAAUGGGGGGCACUUGGAUAAGGCAUCAGAGUUUAUUCACGCUGUCGGAGAAGAUGAUAGUAUCUCUCCUAUUCUGCCCGUUUAUAACUAUUUUCUUGGCGCCUGUGCAAAAACGAGAAGUGUAUAUCAUGCUAGUAAAUGUUUGGAAUUGAUGGAUCAACGGAGAGUAGGGAAGAAUGAAAUAACUUAUGCAGCACUUCUCAAGCUUGCAGUUUUUCAGCGCAAUCUAUCAGCUGUCAAUGAUAUCUGGAAACACUAUGUCAACCACUAUAGCCUGGAUAUACUUCCUCUCAGAAAAUUCAUAUGGUCCUUUACGAGGCUAGGGGAUUUGAAAUCAGCAUAUGAAUUAUUGCAACACAUGGUGGAUCUAGCUUCAAGAGGAGAGCUCUUUGUUAAAUUCAACAGAGGAAAACUGCAUUCCACGACACUGGAUAUUCCUGUACCAGCAAAAGGUGAAACAGGAUCAGAGAAAGUUGCUUUUGGAGUAAAUGAUCACAAUGUGGAGUACAAUUCGUCUUCCAAAAUGGCUUUGCCGAAAGGUCACAACAAAAUCCCUGCAACUAGGGUCCUCAGGUGGUCGUUCAAUGAUGUGAUUCAUGCAUGUGGACAAUCUAAAAACUCUGAGCUAGCGGAGCAGCUAAUGCUUCAGAUGCAAAAUAUUGGGUUGCUACCAUCAAGCCACACAUAUGAUGGUUUCAUUAGAGCUGUUGCAUUUCCAGGAGGAUAUGAAUAUGGCAUGACACUGUUGAAAGUAAUGCAGCAGCAGAAUCUGAAACCAUAUGAUUCAACUCUAGCUACGGUGUCAGCCUAUUGCAGUAAAGCCUUUCAAGUUGAUUUAGCUGAACAUCUGCUGGAUCAAAUAUCUGAAUGCUCGUACGCAUAUCCUUUUAAUAACCUUCUUGCUGCAUAUGACUCCUUGGAUCAACCAGAGCGUGCUGUCCGAGUUUUGGCUAGAAUGAAACAGCUAAAACUGCGUCCAGAUAUGAGGACCUAUGAACUGCUCUUUUCCUUAUUUGGUAAUGUAAAUGCACCAUAUGAAGAGGGCAACAUGUUGUCCCAAGUAGACUGUUGUAAAAGGAUUAAUGCUAUAGAAAUGGACAUGGUGAGAAAUGGUUUUCAGCACAGUCCUAUCUCAAGGCGGAAUGUGCUUAGAGCCCUCGGAGCUGAAGGUAUGGUGAAUGAGAUGAUCCGACACCUGCAAAAGGCUGAAAACCUCAAUGUUCACAGCAAUAUGUAUCUAGGAACGCCUACAUACAACAUAGUUCUUCAUUCACUUCUUGAGGCAAACGAAACUGACAUGGUGAUCAAUAUAUUCAAACGUAUGAAAUCAUGUGGCUGCCCUGCAGACGUUGCUACCUACAAUAUAAUGAUUGAUUGUUGCAGCAUUAUUCACUCGUAUAAAUCAGCUUGUGCCCUAGUUUCCAUGAUGAUCCGUGACGGAUUUUCUCCAAAAGCUGUUACGUUUACUGCUCUGAUGAAGAUUUUGUUGAAUGAUGGGAAUUUCGAGGAGGCACUCAAUCUCUUGGACCAAGCUGCAUUGGAAGAGAUACAUCUUGAUGUCUUAUCAUACAACACCAUUUUGCGUAAAGCAUUCGAGAAGGGAAUGAUUGAUGUGAUUGAGUACAUAGUGGAGCAAAUGCACCGAGAGAAAGUGAAUCCAGAUCCAACGACAUGCCAUUAUGUUUUCACUUGUUAUGUGGAAAAAGGGUAUCAUGCAACAGCUAUAGAAGCUUUGAAUGUUCUGAGCUUAAGGAUGCUCAACGAAGAAGACAAAGAGAGUCUUCAGGAGAAGAAAAUAGAGCUUGAGGAAAAUUUCGUCAUGAGCGAAGACCCUGAAGCCGAAACAAAGAUAAUCGAACUGUUCAGGAACUCUGAGGAGCAUCUUGCUGCAGCACUUCUAAAUCUAAGAUGGUGUGCGAUGCUUGGGGCCCGGAUUAUAUGGUCGGAAGACCAAAGCCCCUGGGCCAGAGGACUCUCCAACAAGUUUGGUUAAUAUGUAGAAUGGGAAGUGUUCUUUGUUCGUGAAUAAGAGCGGUUUUGGUCUCUUCCUCUUCGCUGCUGAUUCUCUGCCAUUUUCACAGGAGCUGCUCCGUUUUGGUUUUGUAUCCUGUACAAAUUGGUGAUUCUAGUUGGUGACAUAACCGUUUUGGAGGUCACCAAUCAACCAUACGAACCAUU